CUCAUCUCUAAAUUAAAUCCUCUCUCCAUAGACAUCCGGUUCACAUUUCGGCAGAGAGGAAGGAGAAGAGCCUCUCUUUCUUCUUCCUUCUCCUCCCCUCUUUUCUAUCUCGUUUGAUGGAAUACCCACCACGGGUGCACUCUUAGCACAUUGAGCCAUUGUUGCCUUCAAUGAGUCUUGCACCCCCACCGCCAUACGCCAUGAUGUCAGAUAACAAUGGAAGCCUCCGGCCACCACCGUACCGCCGCAACAUUCCCCGGUACCACUCCCAUCACAAAAAAGGAAGAAACUGUUGCCUCAAAUGCAUAUGUUGCUUCUAUUGCUUCCUCUUCCUCUUCCUCGUCAUCAUAGCUGGCUCUGCUUUCUAUUUCUACACCUUCUACAAGCCCAACAUGCCUUCCUACCAAGUACAAGGCCUCACCGUCCAGGCUUUUGACCUCCAGCCCGAUUUCAGCCUCCUCACCGAGUUUUUGGUGACUGUGAAGGCCCAAAACCCCAAUGAGAAUGUUGGGUUCAAAUAUGGCCGCGACAACUUCGUGAUUGUCUCAUACAAGGACUCCACACUUUGCACUGGGCAUUUUCCUUCGUUUCUUCAGGGCCAUAAGAACACAACCAUGAUAAAUGUCUUGUUGCCAAACACAACAAGUGAGUUCGGGUCGGGUCUUCAGGAGGCCCUCAUGCAGAACCGAAACAGCGGGAAGAUUCCGUUGUUGGUGCAGGUGAAGGUGCCUGUCAACGUUGUGGUGGCCGAGUUUUCAAUGAGUCAGUUCAAGGUUUUCGUUAAUUGUUCCUUGGUCGUGGAUAACUUGUCUCCUAACAAGAAAAUUGGGAUCUUAUCGAGUAAAUACAAUGUGGGUUUUUCAUUGUGAAUUCGACAAAUGCAUAUUCAAACUUCAUGAUCGCUCUUCUUUUUCGAGUGAACAAAACAAACCCAAGUUUCUCCAAGGACCACUUGUGUAAUAUUUCAGUUGUUUAACAAGGAUUCAUGUAUGUUAUAAAGUAAGAUAGAUACGAAUAUGCAGGUGUAGCUUGUGUAACGUAGGCUUCUGUUGGAUUUUCAAUUCAGUAUGGAUAGCAGGACAGAAACUAGAUUUUCAUGAUCAA